AUGUAUAUAUUCUUUAGUUGUUUUAUUUUUUUAUUCUUUAUUUUUUUUAGUAUGUCUGACGGGGUGCAGUAUUCAAAAGACGUUUUUCCUGCUCCUAAGUGGCACAGGGCGGAGGGUGAUAGCGCUGCUAAUAGGGAAUGUGUGCAGCGUGUUGUUCCUUUUAAAGCUGUUUCUGCGGGGGAGAACGUUGAUUCACUGACAUGUGUUGGUGGUAGGCUUCCCUCUGUGGAUUCUCUUUCCUCUCCUUUGGAGGGUGGGGAAAUUGUGGGUAAUGUUGAUGAUAAGUUAAAGCACUCUCAUGUUUCUGUCGUUGAUGAUCGUCAACCAGUGAGUUCUGUGACCGGAAGGAGAGGGAAUAGUUUCGAACUUCCUGGCAGAUUAAUUGGUCGCAGGGAUGGUAGUGGUGGUGUCGUUGGCAGUGGGAGGUUUGAAAUUACUCCGUUGAAGCCAUCGUCAACGAUAUCUGGAAUCACACCUCGUCAUUUUGACGUGCUGCAUCCUUUGGAAGAUAGCGCUGACCGUGGUAAGCAUGAUUUUGUAGGUGGUGUGUUGAAUGCGGCGAAUGAUGCCGGAGGUGCGAAGGCCAUUGAGGAGUUGGAGUUUAUAUCGGAUAUGUUGUUUAUGUGGAUGGGUGUUGAUAAAACGAAAUAUUUUGCGUAUGAUAACGCAUGUUGUCGUUAUGAAAUGAACUCUGGAUAUGGUACCGUUCGUCAGAGGCAGGCUUUUUCUGCUUUUCAAGAGUGUGGUUGUCUGGCACAUCAAAUAGAUGACGCUUUGAGGGGCGGUACGUCGGAAAGGUCGUUCUUGCAGCAAAGCCUUCGUGGAGCUGUUCGUCGGCACCUCUCACAGUACCACACUCUUGUAGCGUCUUUUCGCGGGCGGCAGACGCCGCCAAUGGCAUUUGGUGAUUUGGUGGUUGCGUUCAAAAGAGUACAACCGAAACUUCGGGUUUUGCACACAAUGCUGAAGGAAACAGAAAACGUGAAGGGUGGCGAACUGGCGUCUAAACUUCAACGUCUGGUACAGCAGGGGUCAAGAAGACUAUGCGCACUGCUGUCUGAUGUGUAUAUGGAGGCUGUGAGUCCUCUCCUUCAUAUGACGGUGUCAAGCAUUAUAAAAGGUGAUGUCUCAGAUCCAUUUAACGAGUUCUUUGUGAAGUCCGAUCCCAGAGUUGAAGAUACGUCAGACACGUUUUGGUCUUCUAAGUUUUCCCUUCUGCCAGAUAUGUUACCAACGACGGUGUCGUAUUCGCUGGCGGAGCGGAUCAGGCUUGUGGCUAAGAACGUCAGUUUCAUUCGAAACUGUUGCAGGUGCAAGCAAUGGCACAUGGACCCCUCCAUUGUUGCAGCCGCUCAAAGUGCAACAUUUGAUACGCUGGACAGUGUGGUUCGUGAUGCCAUGAGGUUCACCAAUACUGCAGUGCUCCGACUGAUUAGGGAGGAGUUCCACCUUGACAAUGUUCUGCGUAUGGUAAAUGCCUUUCUUCUAGUCGGAAACGGAGACUUUUACGAGGUCCUUAUACACAAAUUGGAUCCCGUGCUUGGUAGGAUGAGUCACAUGGUGCAAACUUCACUGGUGCGCGACCACAUGCAAAGCGCCUUGCUUGACAUAACUCCGCACACGAAAAAUUUGGAUACGGAUCUUUUCACGAUGCUCCACUGCGAGAUAGUUAAGGACGAUAAAAUCAUUGGUUGGGAUGCAUUUGUUGUCACAAUGUCGGUGCCCUCGCCACUCAACAAUAUCUUCGAUGCCAGUGCCAUGAAGGUUUACCGGCGCCUGUUUCGCAUGAUGUUCAAGGUGAAGCGGGCAGAAGUUGCUCUAAAAAACUCAUGGAGGCAGAGCGUUGUUUUAGAUAGGAUCAUAGGAGGGCUGCACAACGCGAAGCGGGAGACAACUGCGUGGCGGGAAGUGGCUGCUGAUGCGCACCUGCUUGGUCUGCAGCUAAACCACUUUGUGAACAACUUAUGGUCUUACCUUGUCGCAGAGGUUUCAACCGUUUCAUGGGAUCUGCUUAUGCGAGCUCUUCGCCAGUGCAACUCCAUGGAUGACAUCCGCGCAGCGCACAUAUCCUAUCUGCAGUACCUCACCCUUCACUCCCUUUUGCACGGAGACUGUACUUCCAUUCGGCAAAAUAUCGAAAGCGUUCUCAGCGUAGUCCGACAAUUCGUUGGAGCCCAGGCAGUACUGACUUCACUGCUGGAGCGCGGUCACGGUGACGUGUUUUCCAUUAAGAACGAAUACCAGAGGCUGGCUGACGACUUCCAACGUGAGAUUUCCUCUCUAUUAACCACGCUGGAAGAGCAGCAUUUGCAGUUCGACUUUCUUAACUUCCUUCUUCUGCGUCUCAACUUCAACCACUUCUAUCACGAUAAUGCAUUCGGCGACAACACAGAGUUUUGA